AUGCCUGCUUCUCUUCACGACCCAACGAAAUGGCCGGCUUCGAAACGGUGGCCGGCCACCAUCAUUGUCGUGUUCAUGACCGCUUCUAUCGGCUUUUGCGCUAGCAUUCAUGCGCCAAUCAUUGCUGACGUUGCACGUACUUUCGGCUGCUCCCGCACUGUGGCUACGCUGGGCUUGACGACAUAUCUGCUGGGCUUUGCUUUCGGCGGUCUUCUUCUGGCGCCGCUGUCUGAGGUUUGGGGUCGCAACGCCGUUUAUCGCAGCACGUUGCUGCUGUUUGUCGUCUUCAACGCAGGGUGCGCUCUGGCGCCUGAUAUUACGUCUUUGCUGGUUUUUAGAUUCCUGAGCGGGGUUUUUGGCUCGUCCUCUGUGUCGACUUCGGGUGGCUCAGUCAGUGACAUGUGGCCUCAGUCACAUCGCUCCGUGCCAUUGGCUCUCUAUACAGCUGCUUGUUUCCUCGGCCCUGUCAUGGCUCCUAUAGUCGGCGGCUUCAUCUCUCAGUACUGCUCCUGGCGCUGGGGAUAUUGGAUCGUCACUAUUCACUCGGGGAUCUCGUAUGUUGUCAUGCUCUUCUUCCUUCCGGAGACAUACACCCCAUAUCUAAACAGUAAGGCAACAAAGUCAAACAGCAGUUUCGAUGCUGGCGUUCUGGCAAGGCCAAUCCUCAUGCUAGCCACAGAGCCGAUUCUAUUCCUCCUAUGUCUUUACAUGGCCAUCGUCAACGCCAUCCUCUACCUUAACUUCACAGCCUACCCCAUCAUCUUCAAGGAAACCCGAGGCUGGAGCCCCGGUCUCGCAGGCCUUGCCUUUCUGGGCAUCGGCUUCGGCAUGGCUAUUGCGACAGCCUGCUCUCCCCUCCUCAAUCGCCUCCACACCACCUACACACGCAAGCACGGCUCCACGCCCGAAGCGCGUCUCCCGCCCCUCGUCCCUCUCGUCUACCUCCUGCCCGCCUCCCUCCUCCUCUUCGCAUGCACCGCCCGCCCACCCGCGCACUGGGCCCUCCCCAUCGCGGCCGGCCUGCCCUUCGGCCUCGCGUUCGUCCCGCUCGUCGCCGCUUGCACUGCAUACCUCGUUGACUGCUACGGCCGCUACGCCGCCAGCGCGAUCGCGGCAGCCGCGUUUCUGCGCAAUGUUGCUGGCGCCCUCUUUCCCCUUUUUGCGAGCGACUUGUAUAACGAUUUGGGUACUGCGUCCGCGUCUGUCAUGCUGGCUGCUGCGGCGCUGGUGUUGGCGCCGUUGCCGUGGGUUUUUUGGCUGUGGGGGGAGGGGCUGAGAGAGAGGAGUAGGUUUCAUAGAGCUGCGGUGGAGGAGGGGGAGGGGGCGUGGUUGCUGGGGGAGGAGGGGGUAGUGGUGGUGGAUGGUGUGGGGGCUGAUGGAGAAGAGCAGGGAUGUUCUGGUUAUGGUGCUGCGUAG